CCCCCCCCUCCCUCCGUCCCUCCCUUCCCUUCUCCACCCAUUGAUCAAUGAUCGGCCCCACGCUCUCGGGCUUGGUCGGCCAUCCGAUCAGCCCGGGGACCUGGGGGGCGCUGCUUCUGUCGGCGCUCUUCUUCGGGCAUUAUUUCUGGCUUCGGAAAACGGACCACCCCUUGAUGCGGGCAGCUCGGGCUCGCCACUUGGCCUCGGCCCGGGCGCCCGGCCGCGGGCAGACCCUUCGAACGAUGUCCCGGCAGCAGCGCCGACAUCUGGACCGUCAGCGGCAGGAACUCCUGGCGCUGGGGCUGGUGUCGGCUGACGCCUCAUACGAGCAACUCCUGUCGGCCAGCACGCGGCUCACCUCGCAGCGGGACGCGGCGAUGGCGGCCCGUGCGCGCGGGGCCCCUCCCGCGCAGGCUGUGGCGCCGGGUGGCUUGGCCGGGCCGGACCGGGCGGCAGGCCCCCUGGGCGCCUUCGACCCAGCGGAGGAUGUGGUGCUGCUCAGCGAUGAGGACGACGAGGAUGGCCUGGGGGACGAGGUCACCGAUGGGGGCGUCCUCGAAUCUGGCGACCGCGAUGUCCGGGCAGACGCGGCGCGCCGCCGCGCUCGCGAGGAGCGAGCGCGGCGUCGAGCCCGCUUCCAAGACUCGGUGUACGAUGCGUCGGUGGUCAUCGCAGCCACCGGGCAGGACUCGAUUGCUGUGGCCGACCGGGCCCGGUAUUUGGCGCACAUCCGGCGCCUGGUGGCCCAGGGCCAGGGUGUGAUCCUGGUGGAAGCGGCCGCCGCUCAACUGGGUCUCGGGACUCCGGUCCUGGUGGACUUCCUGACUGAGUUGGCCCGAUCAGCCGAGCUACCUGGGAUCUUUGACAACCGCGGUCGGUUCAUUCACCUGCCUCCGGAGCUGCUGGGCGCUGUGCGCGACUCGAUGGCCGCUCAGGGCCGGGUGUCCAUCCAAGCGCUCCGGCAGGGCAUCAGCCAGGCGGUGGCCCACGCGGCGGUGCCCCUGUCCCAAGCGCCCGAGUCGCCUGGCGCCGGGACACCGGAUUCGGCGAGCCUCCAGGCCAGCCUCCUGCACGUUCUCCGCAACCAGCCUGCCCCUUCCUGAGACAUCGGCCGUGCCCUCCUUCCCCGCACGAAAUACAUACCAAAGCCACCUACA